UCUCCUGCGAUUAGGCUAUACUUUUGUUGUCUUUUAUAUAUUUGUUUUCACUGUAAACUCCCAUAAUUUUCUGGCUGUUACAUCUCAAUUUUUUUUUCGUAUUGACUAUUUUGACAAUGCCUUCGUAAAAGUUCCUACAUUUUUAUAAACGCAUCGAACUUUGCAUAAUAAAAGAAUGUAUAAUCGUUGGAAAAAAGAUUUAAUUCCGAUCGUUUUCCAAUAUUUAUAUUAUCCAAAUAUAUUGAUACAAAAAUAAAGGAUUUUUUUGUUUGAAAAAUCUAAAAUAUAAACCCACGUGUAUCUUCACUAGUGUAUAUUAAAUUUAACGAUGGCCCAAGGGAAGAAGAAGAAGACAUUUCCUGACAACUGUGAACAAAGACAAUGAGAGAGAAAGGGAGCUUGGAAGACACAUUCGUUAGAGAGACUACAGGACAUGGCGAAACAGGAAGAAGUUACAGUCCCUAUCUUCUCGUCCCUUGAGUCUGUCUACGGGGAAGGAUCUCAGCUCCAAGAAGCUAAGACAAGAUUCCAUGUUUUGACUGCCAAAUUCAACCAACUCUUCGGUGCUACUCCCCAACUCUUCGCUCGCUCUCCCGGAAGAGUGAAUCUGAUAGGAGAGCAUGUUGACUAUGAGGGAUACUCAGUGCUACCAAUGGCUAUUCGUCAGGACACCAUUGUUGCUAUCCGGAAACGUGAGGGUCAAAGUCAGCUCCGGAUUGCAAAUGUUAAUGGAAAGUACUCCAUGUGUACUUAUCCUGCUGAUCCUCACCAGGAGAUUGACUUGAAGAAUCACAAAUGGGGUCAUUACUUCAUUUGCGCGUAUAAAGGGUUCCAUGAGUAUGCAAAGUCAAAAGGGGUGAACAUUGGUUCACCUGUUGGACUUGAUGUGAUUGUUGAUGGGGUUGUUCCCACAGGUUCUGGUUUGUCAAGUUCUGCUGCCUUUGUCUGCUCAUCAACAAUUGCUAUUAUGGCUGUCUUUGGUCAGAACUUUGAAAAGAAAGAACUUGCACAGUUUACAAGUGAAUGUGAACAGCACAUUGGGACACAAUCUGGUGGGAUGGAUCAGGCAAUCUCUAUUAUGGCUAAACCUGGUUUUGCCAAGCUUAUUGACUUCAACCCAGUACGUGCAACUGAUGUGAAACUCCCUGAUUGUGGAAGUUUUGUAGUUGCACAUUCUCUUGCAGAGUCUCAAAAGGCGGUCACAGCUGCUAAGAACUUCAAUAAAAGGGUCGUUGAAUGUCGACUUGCCUCGAUCAUACUUGGCAUUAAGCUUGGAGUGGAACCAAAAGAAGCCAUAUUAAAAGUUAAGACUCUUUCUGAUGUGGAGGGUUUAUGUGUGUCAUUUUCUGGUGAUCAUGGCUCCUCUGAUCCUCUUCUAGCUGUUAAGGAGUAUCUGAAAGAAGAACCAUAUACCCCCGAGGAGAUUGAGAAAAUCGGCGAGGAGAAGUUACCAUCAAUCUUGAACAAUGAUCCUACAUCUUUAGCUGUACUUAACGCUGCUACGCAUUUUAAGCUGCACCAGCGAGCUGCACAUGUUUACUCCGAAGCCCGGAGAGUUCAUGGUUUCAAGGACACUGUCUAUUCAAACUUAAGCGACGAAGAAAAGUUAAAGAAACUUGGUGAUCUCAUGAACGGGAGCCAUUACAGCUGCAGUGUGCUAUACGAGUGCAGUUGCCCGGAGCUAGAAGAACUGGUUCAAGUAAGCAGGGAGAAUGGAGCACUUGGAGCAAGACUGACCGGAGCUGGAUGGGGCGGUUGUGCUGUGGCCUUGGUUAAAGAAUCUGGUGUCUCUCAGUUCAUCUCUGUGGUUAAGGAGAAGUACUACAAGAAGAGGAUAGAGAAAGGAGUUGUAAAGGAAGAAGAUAUGGAGCUUUACCUCUUUGCCUCCAAGCCUUCAAGUGGUGCUGCCAUCUUCAUCUUCUAAACAUGUCUUUCCCUCUUUUUCUUUUCAUUUAUUGAAUCUGAAUUGUUUGCAGUUUUCAUCUUAUAUUGAAGUUUCAGAACUUUUCCUUUUAGAGUUUUAUAGUAACAAUAAAACAAAAUUUUCAUA